AUGAAGAAAACUAGAGCAGUCGUGGUUCACAUGAAGGCCGUGCCCCAAAUGUUGACAGACAUAGGCAUUCUCGGGAGAAAUUGUGCUGGUGUUUUGGGACUGCUUCCUGAACAAAAGUUCACAACUGUUAUACGAAUGUUGGCGUAUGGUCCAUCUGCUGAUCAGGUGGAUGAGAUUGCCCGGAUGGGGAAGUCCACUGCCUUGGAGAGUUUGGUUAGAUUUUGUGAUGCAGUCGAAACUCUGUACAUCAGGGACUACUUGCGCCGACCCACGCCCAGGGACCUACAACGACUUCUGCAGAAAGUCGAACAGAGAGGAUUUCCAGGAAUGAUUGGUAGCAUCGACUGCAUGCACUGGCAAUGGAAGAAUUGCCCAACUGCUUGGCAGGGUGAGUACGGAAAUCGGAAAGGCCAAAAAAGCAUCAUCCUUAAAGCCGUUGUAGGUUUCGAUACAUGGGUUUGGCACGCCUUUUUCAGAGUUGCUGGAUCUCAAAAUGACUUGAACGUUCUGGGUCAAUCCCCGGUUUUCAAUGAUGUUUUGAGAGGAGAAGCCCUAGAAAUCACAUAUGAAGUCAAUAAUACCGUCUACCAAACUGGGUAUUAUCUAGCUGAUGGGAUCUACCCGAGGUGGACAACAUUCGUGAAAUCACUUCCGCAUCCCCAAACCCAGAAGCAAAAAUUAUUUGCUACAUAUCAAGAGGGUUACAGAAAGGAUAUGGAGAGGUGCUUUGGUAUCCUCCAAGCUCGGUGGGCGAUCAUUAGGGGUGCGGCACGUAUGUUUGAUGAGGAGGUGUUGAGGAGCAUCAUGAUGACAUGCAUCAUCCUUCAUAACAUGAUUGUGGAGGAUGAGUAUGAUUACGAAGCUAAAGAGGUGUACGAACCCGAUCCCAUGAAGACGGCCUUGACCCGAAUUUAUGAAAAACCAAUAGGGCCAAAUGGAGGACCAAUGGAGCAUGAACCGUUGGUUAGAGAUGGUCUUUUCAUGAACCGUAUGAUUGAUUGA